AUGAAUUUAAUGCAGGUACAAAUAAAUGAUGCGAUAAGGCAACAAAUACCGAGCGUUUUGUGUAGUAGUAUACAAAAAUUCAUCGAGGACGCAUCACCGGCGCUAUUCAAAAGACUCGCUCGUGCGGAUCUCAGUGAUCAGUUCAAAACCCCUGGGCCAAUCGGUAUUCCGGCAGUGGAACGCUUAGUGCAUCGAUUCACGAAGGGACUUUACAUCGAUAACCGAAACAUUGCUGAUCCAACAAUUACUUACGAUUUCUUUGAAACACAACAAUCGGGUGAGAUUCGAUACGACGAUAAUCCACGCCGUACACCGUUCUUCCCGUCUCCAAUGCGUACCACGAAUGAUUCUGAUCGAAUGCUCUACUUUUAUGGAUCUGAAUAUUUGUUUAAUUCGUUGCUAUUUCAUGCAUAUGAAGGGAAUCGACUAAUGCUGGAGAUUGACGAAUCAUCGUUGCCACCAACGUAUAAACCACUUCUGUGGACAUCGUGUGCGAAGCCAACAGGCGGAAACUUUUUGGCAACGUUUUGUCUGGGAAAGCUAAUUCCGGCAAUCGCUGAGAAAUUCCCAAAUGCGACAUCAUCGUUCGUUCUGAUUCCACACGAAUUGCCUGUAUUCCAGUUGAUCGACGGCAUUGGCACAAUUGAUCUGAAAACAAGAGUCUUGACGUAUAUUAAUGAGGGAAGACGACGGCGACAAAUUUUAGUGAGUUCAACGGAUGUAGUUGCGGAUUUACGCUUGCUGAUUGAUGAUCACAAUUUUGCUGCAGACUUUAAACUUCAUAAACUCGCAGUCGGAUUGCAUCGAAGUGCAGUGGAUGGUAUCAGUAGUGAGGAAAUUUCACAAAUGGCACCACUCGCUAAAACCUUCCUUGGUCCACAGCUGUCGAAAGCACUACGCAAAGGUCUACCGUUCCCACUACAGGUUUCGCUACAAAUAUUUAAUUCGUUGUCAUUAUUCAAUCACGUGCCAAUGUCUUAUUUCCGAUACAUGUUGUUGUCUUAA